AUGUUCAGACAUAGGGAUUUAAAUGCAUUUUUAUCUAAUUACUAGUAGUUUGAUCGAUAAAGCAAGAAACCCUACGAAUAUCUAAAUCUGUCAUAUCAUCAAUAAUUUGAACAUUCACCCAUUAGAAAGCAAACAUAUACUUCAAAACCUAAUGAUAUACAAUAUAAGAGUCUUCAAGAACCUUCUUUCUUAAGACAAAACUUAUUGCCUAAUUAUGAACCAACAAAGUGUUCAAAUUAAAGAAAUGGAAUCAUCAAAGCUUAUGCUGCAAAUACAAAUUAAGGGAUUGUUAGAGAUUACAAUGAAGAUAGAGUCUCUAUAAUAUUAAAUAUUAUCAAACCUCAAAGUAGAAGUACAGAAUAAUGGCCAAAAUGCUCAUUUUUCGGAGUUUAUGAUGGGCAUGGGGGAGCUGCAUGUGCAGAUUUUUUGAGGGAUAAUUUACAUUAAUUUGUAGUUAAAGAACCAGAUUUCCCAUGGAACCCAGUUGGUGCCAUCACUAAAGGAUUUGAAGCAGCAGAAAAAUAAUUUUUAUAAAUUGCCUAAGAAUCCUAUAACAAAGGAGUGCCUGAGAGAAGUGGAUCUUGUGCUAUUGUAGUAUUAGUAGUAGGAGAUACUUGUUAUGUUGCAAAUGUAGGAGAUAGUAGAGCCGUGUUAAGUGCUGCAUCUGGAAGGAAAGCUAUUGCAUUAUCACAUGAUCAUAAACCUGAGUUAGAAUAAGAAAGAAUUGUGAAAGGUGGAGGAUCUAUCUUGGGACCUGUGAGAGUGAAUCCAGGUAGGUUGUCAGUAUCAAGAACAUUUGGAGAUAUUGAAGCUAAAUUUGAAAAGUUUGGUGGAAAUCCAAAAGUUGUUAUUGCUGAACCUGAAAUUAAACAAUUUAAAAUAACUAAUGAACAUGAUUUUAUUGUUUUAGGAAGUGAUGGAAUAUUUGAUAAACUAAGUUCUUCUGAUGUAAUGAAUAUCAUCUGGAAGGAUAUUCUAAAUUGUCAAGUAGGAAAUAGUUUACACAAUGUACUUUCCACAUCAGUUGAAUCUGUACUAAAGGAAAGCAUCUAAAGAAAGAGUUAAGAUAAUGUGACUUUGCUGGUUGUUGCUUUCUCGGUUGCUUCUUUAAAAGAGGAAGAACUCAGAAUGAAAACAUCCUCGUCUAUUGAGAAAUUGGUUAAAGUUCCAUUAACUAAUAAUAUUCCAAAUAUGAGAAUGAGUUAUUCCAAAAAGACAAAUGAUGAAAAUAAUCCUUUCUUACUUAACACAUAGAAGAUGAAUCCGCAUCAGAAGUUGAAAGUAGAAGAAACAACCCGAUACAAACCUAGUUAUAUUAACUGA